AAACAAUCACCCCAUAAAUUGCUCCCUCGUUUCAUUCCCUAUCUCGCCGACGCCGCCGGCCUUGCCGCUUUGAGCUCCACUGCUACCGCCGCCGGUGGCCCUACCAGUCUUUAUCCGCCUCCGUAAGUCCAUCAGAACCAACGAUUCGCCGCACAGCCCCCCUCACAAGAUACGACCGUCGGCCAUCGGAACCUUACGGCAGAGCUCGAAAACAGGUUUUAGGCAAAAGCAUAAAUUUUGCACCUUAGUUCAAAAUCCGGGCCUGCAUAAGAUCACCUGCGGCCUAAGAAAUGGGCCUCGAAAACCUUUGAUCACCUGCGGCCUGAGAAAUGGGCCUCGAAAACCUUUGUGGAGGUCACGGGUACUCUCCACCGAGGCCAUUCAAGCUGUUCAAUCCCUGAAAUUGGCGCAGAGUUCAUCUUCUAAACUGGAUCGAGUUUUUAGCAGUAAGAUCAACAGGCUUUUGAAGGCCGACUUGUUGGAUGCACUGACUGAGCUGCAGAGGCAAAAUGAAUUGGAUUUGGCAUGUAAGAAAUGGUUUGAUAUUCAUGCCCAAGAAGGCAAGAACGGUUCUAAACAGCAGAAAGAAUUUCAUGAACUUGACCUAAAUCAAAGUCCGCUCUCAGCUGUGAGUUCGUACAAUGUUCGAAAUGAAAGGUCAUUACUUAUCCUGUUGUGCAGUAAAGUGUUUGACUAUAUACGUAAAGAGCCGUGGUAUGUGCCUGAACUAUCCCUGUUCAAUGACAUAUUAAUGAUGUUGGGGAAGAACAAAAUGAUCGAGAUGGUCGAAAAACUCUUCUUUGAAUUGAGGAAAGAAGGCCUUGAACCUGAUGCAAGGACUUAUACCGAACUUAUUGGAGUGUAUUUCAAAGUUGAAAAGGUAGAAAAGGCAAUGGAAACGUAUGAGCUGAUGAAGUCUUCAGGUCACAUGCCGGAUAAGUUAACGUUAACGAUUCUAAUAAGAAAUCUCGAGAAGGCCGGUGAGGAAGCUCUCUCGGAAAAAAUAAAGAAAGAAUGUGCCGACUAUUUCGAUAAGCCUGAUAGAUUUCUUAAAGAAGUUGAACGAAAAUUUCCCAAGCGCAAAUCCCUAAUUCACAUUUGAAGCCAUGGAAUCAAGAUGUUAUCAACAGAUUCUGGUGCAUCAUUCGGUACAUAGAACAGAUGCUACAUCGAAGUUGAUAAUCCGUGGUUCGUGUUCGUCUACUCUUGUUGAAACCAACUUCUACACUUGUCAGUAUGUGAUUAUUUUAUGCAAGAUAUGUUGAUUUUACCAAAUCAUGUCUGGGAAUCUUUAUGAAUGGUUACUUGAUAUUUUCGCAAAGUGGGUCAAAUAUGAGUUGCAGAUUUCCAUGUGAAGAAAAUAUGCAAAUAGGAAAAGGUAUAAGAAAAAUGAGUGUGUUCGGUCAUGGUGGAGCAAGUGGCCGUAGUGUGUGCUAUGUUUGCGUGACCCAAGCCUAACAAAUAUCGAAUAUGAACAUAUAAAAUACACUUGGCCAGCCAUGGAAAUCAAGUUCUGUUUUUUGCUUUUUUUUUUUUUCCUUACAAAUAUUUUUUUCACUAGUGUUUAUGUAUUUUUGUAUGCUCAUCAGUGGUGUUUUGUUUUGUGUGGGAGAGUUGGGAGAUGUGGUAACAAAGAAUCAGUAAUAAAAGUAGAGGGUAUAAAUGCAUAUUUG